CGAGCGGUCGUGUACCGAUUUAACCAAAUCAUCGUUAAACUUUUGACGGACUUCGAAGAAACAGAUUAUAAAGUUUACCGCCCUCUUAAUCACUGCUUCGCGUGUGUUCAAUGCUAUCCAAUGAUGUUCAUUAAUUUGGUGCCCAACGUUAGUCUUUUGUUUCGAUAAAUUAAUGGAUUUAAGAGUAUUUUUAUUGUAAACAUAACAAUACGAAGACGAAUAAGUGCAAAGACUUUUGACAGCAUCACUUUUGAACUGACUGUCGCAUAAAAAUGACAGCUAUAUAUAAUUUAAGUUUUUCUAGACUUACAAACAUGAUUCUGUCAUUUAUAAUAUUGGAUUGGCUGCUUGCAAGAAGCAUACACGCUACGAUACAUGAACCAGGGUUCAGCGGACCCAUAGAAAACGUGACGGCGCCUCUGGGCCGGGAGGCGAUACUAGCGUGCACCGUACACAACCUCUCCACGUACAAGGUUGCAUGGUUAAGAGUUGAUACUCAGACAAUACUAACCAUUCACACGCAUGUGAUAUCCCGAAGCAGACGAGUCGGUGUCACUCACAGUGACCAGAGAACUUGGUUCCUACACAUUCGAGAACUGCGAGAGACGGACAGGGGAUGGUACAUGUGUCAGAUAAAUACAGAUCCAAUGAAAAGUCAGAUUGGUUACUUAGAUAUCGUUGUACCCCCCGAUAUAUUGGACCGAGGUACGAGCGCUGAUCAAACUGUGCGGGAAGGGGCCUCGAUCAGUUUGACGUGUGCGGCCACUGGUUCGCCACAUCCUCAGAUCACGUGGCGGAGGGAACACUCUAAGCCCAUCACUGUUUCAGACGGGGUACAAGUGUCGUCGCUUGAAGGGCCAGUUUUAAAUAUAAGUCGAGUAAAUCGACAGCACGCUGGGGCAUAUUUGUGCAUUGCUUCAAAUGGAGUCCCGCCGACGGUGAGCAAGAGGAUAAUGCUCACAGUUGAAUUUCCGCCAGUGAUUGUGAUAAGAAAUCAACUGGUAGGCGCAUCGCUCGGCACAGACUUAGUGCUGGAAUGCGAAACAGAGGCCUACCCGAAGCCAGUAAGCUACUGGAGUAGAGAUAACGGUGAAAUUGUUCCUAUAGGAGGCGGUUUGGAGCCGCAAAAGGUUGCUGGAUCCUUUCGGUCCAUAUUAAGGCUGCCAAUACGAAGGGUAACGACCUCAGACUAUGGAACAUAUAAAUGCGUCUCUAAGAAUUCACUAGGAGACACCGAAGGAACUAUCAAAUUAUAUCCUAUGCAACCACCGGCGAUGGAAAACCGAAACGUUAUCCAAAAGCUAAAUAUCGUAGCAGGGAAGACUUCAGAAAGUACCCCAUUUGGCGCACAAGAUUUCAGGUUACAGGACUACAAUAAGGGCGUUUUGAAGGAUACCUUUUGUUACACUUCGAUGUUUUUAUUUAUUAUUUUAAUUAACGUAGUUAUACAUUAAUUAAUACAGACGUCAUUGUUUACA